AUGCAUUUCGCUACCAUGAUGCACAAUGCCACCCGGGGCCGCGCCAAGAGUGUUCAGUUUGAGAAGAGCUUCGCCAGUCUCGCUGAAACCAUCGAUGGAAGCGCCUCGCGGGAUGGUCCCGUAUCCCACGUUUCCGUCCCCGGAACACGGACCAGCAGUUUGCCCCUUGGGGAGAACAACGAGAUGAUCAAGAAGGCUCUACGCCGAUACAAGAGCUUGCUGGAAAUCGAGGACCCGGCCCCGACGUUGCCAAUGACCCAACAAUUCUCAUACGACGAGCUAUAUCCCAAGGCUACGGAUCCGACUGUGUCCCAGGAGCCAUUACCGAAGCGGCCUUUAUCCUCUAGUACUUCGAACGGUAUUCCCACCUCUCCUCCUGUUAGGGCGGCUCCCGUACCUCAGUCAUCGAUUUCCCAGCCAUUGCCAUCUCAGACGAAACAACAUCAAGAUGCUUCUGGUUCUGACACCGUGGCCGCAGCUCUCCCUUCUACCUUGAGCGACAACCGAAACAUUGUCCGAAGGAAGCUUACGGGAUACGUUGGUUUCGCCAACCUUCCCAACCAAUGGCACCGCAAGAGCGUCCGCAAGGGCUUCAACUUCAAUGUCAUGGUUGUUGGUGAAUCGGGACUCGGAAAGUCGACCCUCGUUAACACUCUCUUUAACACUUCGCUUUACCCUCCCAAGGAGCGCAAGGGACCUAGCCUCGACAUUGUUCCCAAGACUGUCACUAUUCAGUCUAUCAGCGCGGACAUUGAAGAGGCUGGUGUUCGCCUCCGUUUGACCGUCGUUGAUACUCCUGGCUUCGGCGACUUUGUCAACAACGACGAGUCUUGGCGUCCUAUUGUGGAUAACAUCGAACAGCGCUUCGAUGCUUACUUGGAUGCCGAAAACAAGGUGAACCGCAUGAACAUUGUGGACAACAGGAUCCAUGCCUGUGUUUUCUUCAUCCAGCCCACCGGUCACUCGCUCAAGCCUCUUGAUAUCGAGGUCAUGAAGCGUCUCCACACCAAGGUCAACUUGAUUCCCGUCAUCGCCAAGUCGGAUACUCUCACCGAUGACGAGAUUGCUGCUUUCAAGGCUAGAAUUCUUGCGGAUAUUAAGUACCACAAGGUGCAAAUCUUCGAGGGCCCUCGCUACGAACUCGACGACGAGGAGACCAUCGCGGAGAACAACGAGAUCAUGUCCAAGGUCCCCUUCGCUGUUGUCGGUGCGACCAACGAGAUCACAAACGCCGAUGGCCGUAAGGUUCGCGGUCGCCGUUACCCUUGGGGUGUGAUCGAGGUGGACAAUGAGGAGCACUGCGACUUUGUGAAGCUCCGCCAGAUGCUCAUCCGUACUCACAUGGAGGAGCUCAAGGAGCACACCAACAACGUCCUUUACGAGAACUACCGCACGGACAAGUUGAUCGCUAUGGGCGUCUCUCAAGAUCCAAGCGUCUUCAAGGAGGUGAACCCAGCCGUCAAGCAGGAGGAAGAGCGCGCCCUCCACGAACAGAAGCUUGCGAAGAUGGAAGCCGAAAUGAAGAUGGUCUUCCAGCAAAAGGUUGCUGAAAAGGAAUCCAAGCUGAAGCAGAGCGAAGAGGAGCUGUAUGCUCGUCAUAGGGAGAUGAAGGAGCAGCUGGAGCGCCAACGACUGGAGCUCGAGGAGAAGAAGUCCCGAAUUGAAAGUGGGCGGCCAAUUGAGAAGGAGCCGACAAAGAGGAAGGGAUUUUCUCUCCGAUAA